AUGGAGGUGGCAUGGUGCAACGUAUGUGCCCAGCCUGUAAAAGACGAACGAUUCAAGUCGAACGACAUUCCAAAGAACCCUUGUCCUACGCAGUGGGUACCCCAUCCUGGCGUCACUUGUAAUGACUGUGCCAUGCCGAUCGUAGGCCCGCGUUUCAAGUGUUCCCUAUGUACCGAUUUGGAUUUGUGUGCGUCCUGUGAGGCGAACCCUAUGACCUCGCACCAAAAGGAGAUGGGUGCAGAGCACUUGCUGGUGAAGAUUGAUGUGCCUCUUCCUGAUGAGGUAUGGGCACGUACGCUUUUCGGUAGCGCGCCUACGCGCCAGGGCGUAGACAACCCUGUCCACGAGGAUGCUUCGACUACAGCCGUGGUGGCCAGGCCGUCCACCAGCAAUGACCAUGACGACGACGACGACGACGAUACGUUCCCUCCUCUCCCUGAGGAUCCAUUCAGUGGGACAGGUACACCUACCCUCGACUUUCUCAGCGCGAUGCGGGGUGUCACCCAGGUAGUCGGCUUGGGCCGCGGCGUCAUGAGCCAUCCUUACUUACAGCAAGCCGCACCGGCUUUGCAACAUGUCACGGCAUUUCUGUCGGCAUUGCAAACACCGGCGAACCCUCAACUCUCGCCUCAUAUUGAUCUACAAAAGCUGAGCCGAGCGAUUGAGCAGCUCAUUUCUGCUGCUACCGCUAGCUCCAUGUCGACUCCAUCGCCCAUGCCCACGCAGGCCGACAUGGAAGCCAUGCUGUCGGUGCCUCGUGAUCCUAUGGAUGACCCUGACGAUGUGGAUGAUGGUGCGUCGACAGACCCUCCUGUGGUUUUCAAUGCACCUGCGAUGAGCAAGGGGACUGAUCCCCUCUCCUCUACAUUCACAGAUGCCCUAUCCGAUAAUUUUCGCCAGAUGAUGGCAGAGCGUGUGUAG